AUGGACAUCCCGUCCAUCGAGCAUCGAACAAUUAUCUCUGACUGGGACCUUACCGAUGUCCACCUCUGGCUCACCAAGAUUGGUUUCCCGCAGUACGAGCAGCAGGUCAAAGAGCACAACAUCAAUGGCGAGGUCCUCUGCCUUCUGGACCCAGAAAGUCUCAAGGAGAUUGGCAUUGCAACCAUCGGCCAGCGACUGGCCAUCUUGAAGGCGGUAUACAAUGUCAAGCUCGCCCAGAACAUCCGUAUUGAGCCCGACCACUACGUUCCUCCAUCUGAGGCGGAGGAGCGGCAAGAGAAUAUCAGUGUCGAGAAGUUGUACAGUAUAGUCAAAGAUCAGAGCGAUCGCAUCCGUGUCGUGGAAGAGGACAACAGGAGAUUGAGCGAUGCGCUCAACAGCUGCCUGGAGGAUCUCCACCAACUUCGCAAUGUACCGACUAGGUCCCAGCCAGUCGAAGCCGAAAGUCCCGUGCGCUCACAUUCCUUUAAAUGGGCUUCAUUCGUGAAGCCUUCUUCCAAAUCUCCCACCAAGGCCACCGCCGAGGUUGAAUCUCCUCAACCUUCGCCACAGCGCAUGGAACAUGAUAUUCAAAGUUCACGACAAACGUCCACUGUGUACUCGGACAAAUCGAGAAAUACUGGUGCGACCCUUCUUGGUAGCGAAGCCUCCACGAGUCAGCACGCAUCCUACUCAAGUUCGAACACCUUAUUGCCAAACCCACUACCCUCCCGGCCGCAACGCCAAGACAGUUCGGACAACCUGAAGAGCUUCAAAGUCAGUCUCGAUGAUCCGGCAUGGAAGGUCUUGCCUGCGGCUUUGAAGAAGUACAAGAUCAACAAUGACGACUGGCAGAAUUACGCCAUGUUCAUCUGCUAUGGAGCACCAGGGAAUCGCAUUGAACGGUGCUUGAGCUAUGACGAGAAACCGCUAUUGCUCUUCCAGAAACUCAAGGAUGCCAAGAAGAACCCCGUCUUCAUGUUGAAACAUAUCAAAGAUAUUCGUUCUCCUAUUGCUGUUGCUCAACAGAAACAAGCUGCUCGAAAGGCGUCGGCUACGACAGACGGUGGAUCAGCGAAGUCAACCCCUACCCCUUCACAUGGACUUGUCUCGUCCCCCGGUCAGGAUCGCGGCCGACCACCGAAGUUGCAAGUCAACAGCCAGCUGCCACAUCAGACACCCGGACUUCUCACUGGGGUUCCGAAUGGGCAGUCAGGGUGGCCGGAGCUCAUGUCGCCUCUUGUGGAAAGCAAGCACGAGUCCGGACCCGAUGGGAACAAGACUCAGAACGACGGUGUCAAUGGCGCAGAAGGCUCGGAGGCAGCUACACCGCCGGUACUACGGGAAAUGCCGCCAGCAACGGAGGUGUCUUAUGCCGUAGCCAUCUAUCCUUACAUGGCGGAGCAAGAGGACGAGUUCGAUGUCGUCGUUGGUGAUACGUUCAUCAUCGUAUCAAGAGCGAGAGGGUGGUGGGUGGUACAGCGCGACCCAGCCGGCGCGGGACAAGUCGAGCAAGAUCCAUCCAAGCAAGGUUGGGUGCCCGCAGGCUGCCUACUAGAAACCAAGGUCCCCGUCUCUGUUGCGAUUGCAGAAGCGACUGCGCGCGGUGGCGCAGGUUCUUCGCCGCCCUUGUCGCCGGCAGGCACAACUCCUAUUUUGCCUUUGAGCAUUCUCUCGACAAGUUUCCCUGGCAUCGCAUUGAUGGAUUAUAAGAGGAAAGGAGAAGAGGAGCUGGAUCUCCAGAAGGAUGACUGUCUACGUGUAUUCAAGCGUUAUAACCACUGGUCAUAUGCUGUUAAGGAGGACACUGGCGAUCGUGGAUGGGUACCAUCGUGGUUCAUUGGCAAGGUUCCUUCGUCUGGAGGCACGCCGGCGACGCCGAAUGCCAGUACCGCCCCCAACCUCACCGUGGGCGACGCAGAUGCUUCGUACCGUGACCUCACCGGCCAGCAAGCGCAAGUAUCGCCGAUGUCGUCAGCAUUCCCUCCCAUACAGUCACGAGUAACGACAGUAGUCUAG